AUGAAGCAAGAAGCUGACAUUAUUCGUAUCUAUGAGUAUUAUCCGUUUACGGCUGAGUAUUGCGGAAAUGUUGAACCGAUUACAUUCUUCAAGAUACAAAAGAAUAUAAGCGAUAUAAGUUCUUUCAAUCUAUUCCCGGAUCGACUUCGUAAUUUUUACAAUUGUACUCUCAAAGUCGGUACUUUUGAAAUAAAACCAUUCAUCAUCAUAAAAUCGACUCCUUGCGAACCAAUCGUUAGUGUUGAAGGAAUAGAAGCUCGGCUAAUUCAAUUGAUUGCUAGAAAAUUAAAUUUUCGAAUAAAUUAUGUUUUGCCUCCGGAUAAUAAACAGUGGGGAUAUAUUGGACCUAACAAUAGUAUCAGCUUGAUGAAAAUGAUUCAGGAAAAAGAGGUGGAUUUCGGAAUCGGUUCCAUUGCGUUUACUAAAUCGCGACACGAAUAUCUGAAAGUAGGAGUGGCCCAUCACACCACAAAGGUAGUUAUUGCGAUUCCCGAUGGCCGCUCCUAUACGGCCGUUGAGAAACUGAUUCGUCCAUUCGAUGAUUCCGUGUGGUGUGCUCUACUGUUCGUUAUAUUUAUCGCAAUCAUCGUUAUUAUGUGUAUACAGCAUUUUCAACUGCAAACAUCAUUAUUAGGACGGCAUCCAACAUUGAGUAUAUUUGAAGUCAUGUUCGGGAUAUCGCAGAAAAGUUUGCCCCAAAAUAAUGUUCCCAGAAUAUUACUCUUCACGUGGAUGUAUUACUGUUUUGUAAUUCGAAACGUCUACCAAGGCCUGAUGUUCUCCAUCCUACAAGAAGAUCCACAUAAACCUCCUCUGGAAAAUAUAGAUGAAGUUCUCAGUGAAGGACUUUAUUUCUACAUGAACAACGUGGCUCGAAGAUUUUUUCUCAACAUGCCUGAAGUUCAAGAUAGAAUCAUUGACCUGCCCAAUCAAAAGGACAAUCUCUUGCAUGCACUCAGUGAGCUGGCUACUCAUCGAUUGCAUGGAGUAGUGGUCGUCCCAAUCGACAACAUCGCCUACUUUAACCGACACAAUGCUAAAUUGGGAAUGGUUCACUGCCUGAAGCAAGCAAUUGCCACCUACCCGAUCGGUGUACAUUACCCUAAAAAUUCUCCGUUGACAAAAAGUUUCGAUGCGCUUUUCGAAAGCUUGCUGACAUCAGGAAUAUCGUAUCAUUGGGCGAAAAAUUAUGGCAACUACGACUUUCUGAAAUCCAAGAAAUACAGUUCCAAUAACAACGAGCCAGCCCCACUCAAUAAUAGCCAUUUGAUCGGUUGUUAUUUGAUAUACGUGGGUUUGCUUCUUAUUUCAUUGAUUGUUUUUGUAUGCGAGCAAGUCAUCUACAAGUUAAUGGUGCAUCAACACUUUAAAAAGCAACAAAAGGAGUUUGCCAAAUUUAAAAACCAUCAUAUAGCAUUUUGUCAUUAA